GUUACUGUUGAAUACGCAAGCCCAACUUCCCUUGAUUACUUUUGGUCAAUUCCCAAAACGUGAGUUGUUUACCAAGAUCAUAUCUUUCAUACAAAGUAGGAAAAAAGUUGGCAACCCGCACAACCCAUCUGCCUUGGUUUUCUCGACAAAUUCUGCACUAUAAACCACGCCCAUGAUCCAUCCCUCUUCCCGCAGGCUCAGGCUCAUUGAAACUUGAAAGUAGAUAGAACUUCCUCAUUUGACGUCGAUCACAACCAUUUUGUCACCAGAGAAACAAGAUCAAACCCACAUCCAGAUCCAUAUCUGAUGGCAGGAAGGAGGAUGGAGAUGGCUAUGAUUACCACGGUGCUAUUGGCCAGUCUCUGGGCAGGAGCCGUGGCUCAAUCCAGUUGCACCAAUGUACUCAUAAGCUUGUCCCCCUGCCUAAACUACAUCACAGGAAAUUCUUCAACCCCAGGCUCCGGAUGCUGCACCCAGCUCGCCAGUGUGGUCAAGUCACAGCCACAGUGCCUCUGCGAGGCCCUAACCGGCGGCGGCUCGUCGCUUGGUCUCAACAUUAACAAAACUCUGGCUUUGGAGCUCCCAAAUGCCUGCAAUGUCCAGACACCCUCUAUCAACCGCUGCAAUGGUGCUUCUCCAGCCGAGUCCCCUGCAGGAACAUCAAGCUCUCCAACAGCUCCUUCAGGAUCUGGUUCUAAGACAAUACCGUCCGCUGAUGGAGGCUCAUCAGAUGGAACUUCUACCAAUUCAGAGGGGACUUCUACCAAACUGCAGAUCUCUUUGCUUUUCUUCUUGCUCUUUGUUGCGUCAUAUGUGUCGAUCUCUGCCACCAUAUGAACGUUGACAUAAUCGAUCCGUCUCAUUGUGUCCAUCAGAUCUUCUGUUGCCAUUCGGCGUACUAUGAGAUUCCAUCAGUGUUGUAUCAUUUGAUUAUGCAUUUUUUUAUCUUUUAAGAGUUCUUUUCCCUGGAUAUGUAUCAAAUAUGGCUAGUUAGUUUUUUGAAGAGAGAGAGUUCUUGUAUGAGAUUGAACAAAUUGGUUUUCUUCACAGAUCAAAUAAAGAGGAUUUCUGGAUUGUUUGGGGAAUUACAA